UGAAGAGGAGGAGCUAGAACACAUUGAAUACAAUCUUUUGGACAGAUGAGAUACCGUCUAGCAUUUUUUGGUCAGUCCUACAAACUUUGAAGUAAAUCAUGUUCUUGUGUUUAAUCUGGCUGGUCUGUAAAUGGCACCUUGCAUAUUCUGAGGAUGUGAUUACACCAUUCACGGAUGUUGUCCUGGCUUUGGAGGGAGACAGAGUCACUCUCUCCUGUAACUACUCUGGAACAGUUAAUAACCUCCAGUGGUAUCUCCAGAAUCCCAGAUCAGUUCCACAGUUCCUCACCAUGGAGCACAUGGACAACAACCCUGGAUUCUCUGUAAAACAUGAGAGAGAGAAAAGAAACAUGUUCACCUGGAGCUCUCCUCUGCUAAAUAUGUCAGUAGAGUUUAGUCUUGUUUGUUGUCAUUCUGUUUCUCAAACGUUGAUCAUGUUCAGUUGUUUCAUUUUUGUCAUUGCUAUGUUUGUAGGAAAUGGCUCGGCUGAAAAUGGAAUUUAUUCAGAUAGUCUUGAGGAGAGGGUGAUGUUUGGUGACAGUGGCAAGCUUUCUUGCAAUUAUUCAUUGGAUGGUACAGGCAGUCUGUUAUGGUAUCGUCAAUAUCCCAGAUCAGCUCCCCUGUUCCUCCUCCUCGUAACAUCCUAUGGAUCCUCUAAGGAGACUGUAGUUCCUGCCACUCCUCCAUACCCUCGUCUAUCUGUAUAUCUCAAUAAGGAGAGGAACCGUGUGGAUCUGAGCAUCUCGUCAGCUGAAGUGACAGACUCUGCUCUGUACUACUGUGCCUUGCAGCCCACAGUGACAGGAAACCCAGACACACUGUACAAAAACCCCAGUAUCUCAACACAAGGCACAAUACGUGAUUCAUAUGUGAUCUAUAGAAUAAAACACUUUUAA